GUUGCAGUGUUAUAAAAUGAUUAUUAAAUAUUAUUAUUCUAUAGAUUUUUCAAUCUUAAUCUUCUAAGUACUUUCUCAGUAUUUCAGGUUGUAGUGAUUUACUCAGUGAUGUUUGAAACCUCUUUUAUUCUCGAGUUUAAGUAGUGUGCUAAUCAACAGGAACACAAACUGUUCAUGAUGUAAGAUGUAAUUAAACCUUGCUUCAUGUGUCCCAGUCUUACUACUUUAGGAUAGAAUAUGGUAGAAAUGAACUCAACCCAAUCAAGUGCUCUGGCUCAACCAGAAAUUGACAAAACUGUUUUCUCAGGCUGCAGCAGAAUAGAUUUGUUGGUCCUGUUUGGAGCAUUAAAUAUGGUUUGGUUAUGAAACUUAGCUUAUUCUUAAAGUGAGCUGACGGUCUGAAAUUUCUAGGAGUCUAGGAGCAGAUUUUUUUAAAGCAAGUUCAGUUCUUUUUUCCUGAACGAAUGGAAUAGCAGUUGACCAUUGGUCGUGUGUAGUGUCAUUGACCUGUGUAUCAUCAGGUGCAUGUGCCUGGAGAUCAAAAGUGUGAGCGGAUCGCCCCCAGCACAUUAAACCAGGCUCACUUGACCUGGGUUUGUGGACCUGGGUGACAAUGCUGCGGUGAUUUCUGACUGUAUAGGCUUACGUUGCAUUAUUUAUCUGUGCCACAGAUCUGCUUCUCUUGCGGAAACCUAUUCCUUGCUUUUGACUUUGAAGUGCUUACUGACCAUAUGUGAUUUGUUGAAUCACAACAGUUGCUAUAAGGUAGGUGGGAGCUUAGUGAAGGCAAGGCAGGGACAGACUGUUGUGUUACAUGUUAUAACUCGUGUUAUUACAACAGUAAUUCAACUCUGGUGAAUGAAUUAAAUAAUUAUGGCUUCUAGAUGUAAAUUUGUCUAUAUGUGCUCUCAUUUGAUUCACUGUGAUGGUUAUUAAAGCUGAAUAAAUUGAUAUAACACAUUCCAGAAGAGCAUGUGCUUAAAAAACUCAGCCAACAACAUGAUGUGUCAUAUUGUCCAGUACAACCAAAUUAAAGGGGAGAUAAAACACACAGAUUCAUGCAAUCUCAUGUUACCUAUAGAGUAGUGUUGCUUCUUUCAUAUCUCCAAAGGCUCUUUAGUUUUAUCACACUUAUAAAAUAAAGAUACAGCUUUACAAUUUUUACCCAGACGAGCUAUAAGUAAGAAAGUCACAAGCACAAAAGUCACUUCACAUUCGGGUGUCCAGCCUUUGACUGGUGCUGUAUAGACAUGGGCAGGUACGAGAUUAGGACAGAAAAUAGCUUAUUACUUCUACAUUUUGAUGUUUUGAUGUAAAAAGUUUGAUAACAUUUUAAGUGGAUCUCAGAGAACAGUAUAAAAUAAUAAGAAAGGCAGUUCAUGACCCCUUUAGUCCGUCCCCCGAAGACAAGGACACCCUGAACCGUAGAGUUCAAUCACUCGCAUUUAGUUUCAAUUACCCAAACUUCACUCGCAGCUUUUGGUUUUUGGCUAAAAAAAAAAAACGAAAUGAAAGGAAGCUUUAUUUUCAGCUCGGGUAAGAAAUUUAUUUUGGUGCAUCACUACUUCCUUCUGGUUUGGAGUGUCUUAUAAGAAAUUCACACGGACAGAAUUUUGCAGCAAAUAUAUAUAUAUUUGUUGGCAUUUAAAGAUGGUAGUUUUAAAUGAGCAAAGUUGUAAUAAAUGUGAGGAGAGUUUGUGAGCCACCUCAUGAUGCAGUUGGAAACUAGGGUCCAGGAGGAACAGCUACUAGCAACCAACACCACGACCCGGUGACCUCCAGUGAUUACAUCGCUUUCAGUGUGAACGCCCCUCGACACAAGUCAGAACAUAACCAAUGGGCAGCAUCUCAGAGGGACUGACUUGUGCAGGUGUUUGAUGAUAACAGGGAGGAGCCGCGUGUGUGUGUGUGUGUGUGUGUGUGAAGGCCCCAGAGAUGAGCCAGACGCUCACUCACCAAGUCAUCAUUCAGCUCUGUUAUUCUCAGGAGCAACAGGAAGAGGCUGGGCUUCAUUUUCAAGGAGGAAUUACAUCAUCUGCAGCUUCACACAGGGAAGAGAUGUAAACAGGUGCCGUGUAGAGGAUCUCUGUAUCAUUCAUCUUUCUGUUAGUGUCUGGUUAUGAUUCCAAGGUGUUGCAAGUUUCUGUCAAGUAACUUUGUUGAUUAUAGCUGUGAAACUGUUGACGAGCAGCGACAGAAGAUUCAGUCCAUUAACCUCGAGCAGCACACAACAAAUGUAAUAGUACAACCGUCUAAGCCAUCCGGUGCUGGGAGCAGAGGAUUUACAGAGACGACUCGGCCUUCCUCCCAACCCACGUCUGCCAAGAUGUCCUCAGAAACACACGCUGUAGACGCCACCCCGGCCCUCCCUGAGCUUCUAGGAGACAUACCUUUCACUUUAGCCCCACACAUCCUGGCCAUGCAGGCGGGACUGCCCUUUGUCACAGAUAUCACCUUGCCUCACAACAUAAAUGACAAACUAACCAACUUUCGUUAUGACUUCACCUUGGAGAACUCAGUGCUUUGUGAGCCGUGACUCUUUGGCCAUCGGUUAUAUCACAAAACCCGUGGUGAACUAUGAGCCUUUCCUCUUUAACCGUUUGCCUCUUAAAUAAACCAAGAUCUAGUUUAGCUGACAGAAAUCAGUCGUCUGUCCUUUUAGUUUAAAUAAGUUAGCAUCAACAUGGUUUACAAUCUCUCGGCGUUUUGCACUCGAUUGUGAGAUGAGCAUUACUGUCUUGUUUUAACACAUGUAGAAAGUAGUUCAAAUUUUUACGGGUGUACAAUCUCUCGGGUGUAAAAGACACUGUAGCAUAAGAUGAUGUGCUGAACUGAAAUAGGGUUGUUUUGAAACUGCUAGGUUUCUUAGUAGUUUCAUUGUGCUGGUUGAUGUUUCAGACGUCACGGUCUGUGUUGGCCUUCUUUAGUUUUUUUCGUACUUCUGCAAAGACGCACUGUAAUUUAUAGAAUCGGUUUGAAGGUCAUUGACUCAAAACAGCCAGGGAAAUGUAUUAUAUAUUAAUAUAUCUCUCAGUGAUCUUUAAAUGCAUGUAAAAUAAAUAACUCAGUAAUAGAAUUAUUUUAUUCAAAUACAAAUUAUGUUUAAAAAACACUCCCUGUCUGCUAUUGGUCAGUCAAACAGAUUGUCCCGCCCUAAACAGUUGCUAUUGGUUGAGUCAGAUGUCUGGUUGGGAUGUGCAAACAGAACAAUGUCCUGAUACUGGUGUAGUGUUUUGCUCUUUUCAAGGGAAUCAGGAUAGAAUGUAUCUUACUUGUACUUGUUUGUAUAAAAUGCUGGGAUAUGAAGUGUUUUACUCUCACAAAAAUUACACACAUCACUUUAAGUUUCUUAUGAAUGGAGUGCACUUAAAAUCACGAGACAGACAUCGGAGGGCUUUUUAUAAAUAGGCAAAUAUCAUAUCUCUCUGUUCCUAAAAGUGUGCUUUUUCCUUGUUUGUGUAAAUAUAAAUACCUCGACUGUUGUUUGGUUUUAAUGCAUGACGGUUUUAAGUUCUGCCUAAACAUGACACACCCCAUUUUGUGAGGCAGAUAUGUAUUCCGAACUAAGUUUCAUUGCACAAAUGUGCACAUGGGUUUUAGUAGGAUUUACUGUUCUGUUUGAAUAUGCCACACAGUUGUUGAACAGUUUUUUCUUGUUUUUCUUUGAUCUGAAUUUCAGUUAAUGAAUGGGUUUCAUCAUUGUGUGUGCUGCUAUUUACACAAUGCACUCAGGAGUUCAGCUGGCUCAAGUGUUUACUUAAUAGCGGCUGAUACUACUUCAUAUCUCACUUUUAGACUCAUUAGUCCGUUUUGAUUUGUCUUUGCAACAUGGUUAUUUUAUUUAAGCUUCCUCCGAAUGUAUCUUACUUAACUAUCCUUUUCAAACAUGUACUGAAGUAAUCAAAGUUGUGUUUGCGCUAUAAAAAUGUCUGUAAAAUAAUUGACUCACCUUAACUCCUUUGUUGGAUUCCUGGAUAUCUCGAACAAAAUUCAUCAUUGUUUCUGAUCCCACAUGAUUCUGAGCAUGUAAUAUGAUGUUGUUUCAUUAAAAUCUUAUUUGACAACA